AUAGACUUCUUUGCAUUUGCAUCAUAGACUUUGAUGUCUGGUUGAUAGACUUGCCCUCAACAUGCAUAUUCUUGUCGUAAAUGACGACGGCCCUCCGUCGAAUCAAUCAUCACCAUACGUUCAUUCCCUGGUGACCGCUCUUCAAGAUGCCGGGCAUUUGGUAUCAGUGGUCUUGCCCCAUGUCCAGAGAUCGUGGAUAGGAAAAGCACACAUGGUUGGUCACACUUUGACCCCGACUUACUAUCGUCCCGGCUCCGUCUUGAAGGACGACGGGACCACGUUGGACCGACCAUUUAAUGAUGGCGGAGAGGAGUGGAUUUUGAUAGACGGGACACCGGCAAGCUGCGUCCAGAUUGGCCUUCAUCAUGUGUUCAAGGACAGAGGCCCAAUCGACCUUGUAGUCAGCGGUCCCAACUAUGGUCGCAACACCACUGCCGUUUUUGCUCUGUCCAGCGGAACCAUUGGUGGCGCGAUGGAAGGCGCAAUGAGCGGUGUUAAAAGUAUUGCAUUGUCUUAUGCUUUUGAUUCAAGAGAGCACGAUCUCGAGAUCAUUUCUGCGGCUUCAAGGCUCAGCACUCGGCUGAUGGAAAAGUUAACCAAAGAGUGGCCGGACGACGUACACCUGUACAGCAUCAAUGUUCCUCUCCGCAAAGGGGUCGAGAACAAUAAAAUUCUCUAUGCUGAAAUGAUCCAAAACCGAUGGAUCAGCGGCAGCUCCUUUACCGAAUUGGCCGAGGAGGAAGACAACGAAAACCCCAACCUGGAGGAGCAAAUCAUUCGUGAGACGGGUGAAGCUAACGGAAACAACAACAACAACCGCGUGGUAAGGAGAGCUCAUCGCAGAUUCAAGUGGUCCCCGAACUUUGCAGACGUCCGGAAGGCAGUUGUCGAUGCUGGUAAGGGCGACGGUUGGGAGGUGCUGCAGGGAAACAUCACGGUCACUCCAUUAAUCGCGAAUUUCUGGCACUUACCUCAAUACACCGGCGAAAUCAAGCUGUGAGUAAGUUCAACUUCGACGAGGUUAGUGGCAGAACCCGGGGACAAAUACUGAUCAGGGCCUGCGCAGAGAUGAUACUCGUCCAAGCUCAAUAGCCUGCAAUAUAGACUCGAAUUUUCCGCCUGUGUUCGCGCUCAUUGACUAUCCAGAUCUAUAUGUGCAGCCUCUCAUUCUGGCUGCCAUUGAGCAGUUAGCUCCCUUGCCUGUCAGGCGCAUUUCUAGCCUGCGUGACUUGCCAAAUUCUUCAGACCGGGUCUUGCAAUUCACCGCGUACGAGAAGAUUGACUUCGAGCACGCCAUGCAGCAUUCGCGAACCUCUCUUGUAUGCUCCUAUGUCAUCCGAAAGGCUCUUAUUCGCAAGCACUAUCUUUCCAAUGCAGUGUCUACCUGGCUAGUCAAACACCCGAGUAGCAUCCUGGCAAAACAUUUCAAGUCAUGUGUGCAUUUCGAAGUCGACUAUGCAGAGUUCCUGGAUGAGGCGCUGGUGGACGCAUGGGACUUGAACGAGAGCUUGGCAGAGAAUGAGAAGCAAGAGUUGAGCGAACAAAAGCACUGGUGGAUAUUGAAGCCCGGCAUGAGCGAUGGUGGUAACGGCAUCAGACUAUUCUCCACCAGCGGCGAACUUCAAGCCAUCUUCGAGGAGUGGGAAGAAGACACGCCCGAUGUCGAUGCCGAAAGUUCGAGCGAAGAGGACGAGUCUCAUGAUGCUUCAGGGAGCAAACAAGGCGAUCCUCUUGAGGAUAACGCAAUGACAUCUCAACUGAGACAUUUCAUCGCUCAACCCUACAUCGACCCUCCUUUACUGCUCGAAUCCUAUGGUGGUCGAAAGUUCCACAUCCGGGCCUACGUGUUGGCGGUUGGAGCGCUGAAAGUGUAUGUGUACAAGGAGAUGCUGGCUCUUUUCGCGGCCAAACGCUACCAGCCACCGGCUUCUGCCACAGAUUCUGAGAUGCUUGACCUAGCACAACACCUGACAAAUACCUGCUUUCAAGAUGAGGCGACCAAAAGUACUUCUGUCUUUCGGUUCUGGGAUCUGGAAUCAACUGGGGUGCCCACAGACUGGAAAGAUGCCGUAUUCCAACAAAUCUGCGACAUAACUGGUGAAGUGUUCGAGGCCGCAGCUCGUGAACAGAUGAUCCACUUCCAAGCAGUGCCGAACGCUUUUGAAAUCUUUGGCGUGGACUUCCUGAUCGACCGGGAUUGCAGGGUAUGGCUGCUAGAACUAAAUGCCUACCCCGACUUCAAGCAGACAGGACAGGAUCUCCAGGAAGCCGUGGUUGGUGGGCUUUUCCAAGCGGUCAGCAGGACCGCAAUUGCACCAUUCUUUGGUCUCACUGAAUCUGGAACGACACAGAUGCCACUGGUAAGAUCGAUCAAUCUAGGCCGGUGCUGAGAGGGCUCUGCUGCGGCAAGAUCAAGCGACCUGCAUCCAGUCUAUCGAUUGUUUGGAGUGCCUGUGAUCGGCGACCCUUCCGGCCUUUCUUGGAUGAUGCUGUGCGACCUUGAUGAUCCAGCCACAAACUGCCAAUAAGAUGCAUGGUGCUUUGGACGCAGCGGGACAUGCAGUCUUCCUGCAACAGACCCUUUCGACCAAUGUUGAUACCUCGUUCUUUGUCUAUGGGCACCUGAUCAUUGAGUGACUGCCAAUCAAUGCUGGUGACGCGCUCCCGGGACCCUAUCACUAUUCUUCGCCAUUGGUCUCAGCAGUGGAUGCGGAUUGAACAAAGCCCAUCCCGUCUGCCUCCAGCCGAAGGAUGCAAACGGGGCGAAACAGCAAGACAAGCUAGGAGCCUUGUGAGAUGGCUCUAGGGAGGAACACGGAUCUCAGACCUCCUUGCUGAGGUUACGCAGCGCGCUGUCAGUGCGGACCUGACACCAUCCCGCUACCAUUCGACGGUAGCCUUGACGAAUGACUCUGUUCUGCAUCAGCUUUGCCCAUCCAGGUUGUAGAAACCUAUCUUAGUACUCUCUUGCCUUCCAGACGGGGCAAACUGGUGCUCACGAAGUUGUGUCACCAUGUCGCGCGAGGUUCCGAAGCAGGGAGCGAGCCAGAAUGCGUUGACCUCCACCAAACCCCAUUCGCAAUUCACUGCACAUGCGAUCUCUUCAAGCCUCUUGCGCAUGCAGAUGUAGAUGGUGAAGUCUCAAUAUGGCUUCAGCCUUCAUUUCCAGGCCGGUCGCUCUUGCUGCAUGGAAGAAGCAGCGCCUCGAGUCUUGCCCAAGCGCCCAAUUCGUGCUCACAGCCACUUCACCACCACCUCUGUUCGCCCAUGGUCUGUUUCUGUGCUAAACCUGCACUCCUCUUACUUUCCUGGCACUCUGUUCUGUGGUAUCGGACAAAGGUGUAUGUAUUCUCCAUCAGGCCCUGCCUGCCCG